AGAAAACAAAAGCAGAUUCGUUUGAUCUUGAACCAAUUUUCUAAUUCGUUGAACUUGUAUCAUAACAAUCUUGAUAUGAUGUCUUAUGCCAUCCGGAGCGAGCCCUUUUGCAAGGGGUUUCACUGUCGCCCACAAUCUUCUCCUCUCGAGGGUAAUAUUUGUGGUGGUAGUAAUGUUAAUCCUUUUAGAAUAAAAACUAGCAAAGCUAAUGGCUUGAUUUUGCGGGGUUGUUUUGAUUCUAACAAACCAACGGCGGCUGAUAAAAAAGCUGGCGCCUUUGCUCGCCAAAGGUUGCGUUAUAUUGAAGAGGUUUGUUCGGAUGCUAGCUUGUUUAAUGGUCGUGGCUCCAAUCAAAGAGGAAACCCUCUUGGCUUUAUUGACCAUACUUUGCCUGAAAAGAUUGCUGUUGCUGUUGACGUCGAUGAGGUUCUGGGAAACUUUGUGUCGGCUCUGAAUAGAUUUAUUGCAGAUCGAUAUUCUUCGAAUCAUUCAGUUUCGGAAUACCAUGUGUAUGAGUUCUUCAAGAUAUGGAACUGUUCACGUGAUGAAGCUGAUAUCCGAGUCCAUGAAUUCUUUAAGACACCAUAUUUCAAGACAGGCAUCCACCCAAUCCCCGGUGCACAAAAGGCACUUCAUAACUUAUCAAGAUUCUGUAACCUAUCAGUUGUGACGUCUCGGCAAAAUGUGAUCAAGGACCACACUAUUGAAUGGAUUGAGAAGCAUUAUCCAGGAUUGUUUGAGGAGAUUCACUUUGGAAACCACUUUGCUCUAGAUGGAACAUCUAGACCUAAGUCAGAAAUAUGCAGGUACUUGGGGGCCAAAAUUCUCAUUGAUGAUAACCCAAAGUAUGCAAUUGAGUGUGCUGAUGCUGGAAUGAGGGUUCUACUUUUUGAUUAUGAGAAUUCGUAUCCCUGGUGCAAGACACAGGCAAUCGAUCAACAUCCUUUGGUGACUAAAGUUAAUAAUUGGGAAGAAGUGGAGCAACAAAUAGUUUCCUCGAUUGUUUCUUAGUAUCGUAAUCCUAUAAUAAGGUUUGAUCAAGACCACCAUUCUAUCAAGAUUUUUAUGAACCGAUUCUAAUGCUGCUGAAUAACGUCAGCGUAUUCAUAUAGUAAAUUUUGGGGGAGCUCUGGUCGAGUCCACCCAAGUAGGGUUAUGAUAUACAAUCUGAAGUAGAGGAACAAUGGAAUUGGAUCAAUCAAUACAUUGUUUUUAUGUU